CUCCUGCUCCCUCCCCAUACUGCCGUCGCUGAGCAGCACUCCGCGCUCGCAUCCCGCUGCACGGUACAUUCGCUUGAUUGCCACUGAACACCAUGUCGACCAUACAGAACCUCAAAAAUUUUAUCCGCCACGGAAAGCAAGCUCGCGAUGCGCGAUCACCUCAAGACCAGGCCACCACACACCUCUCGAACGUCCACGCACAGCAACAUCGCGGCCACGGCCACACCCACGACGUCCAAGCACAUCACGCCAACUAUCCUAUCAGCGACCCCAAUGUCUACGAGCACAAGCCCUUGCAAGCUGCCGCACCACAUGGAGACUACUCUGCUGCCGCCGUAGAUAACAGAAAUGUUGCCGCCAAGGCCGGCCAUGCCGCAGGUGCCGCAGUCGAUGCGAAACAGAAACGAGACGCAAAAGGCCAAGAUUACGACCCACAAGUGCUCCAACGCAUUGUCGCCGAGGAGCGAGAGAGCAAAGGAAAGCUUCCCACCUAUCCCGGCCUGGAGCGAUAUCAGCUGCUCGAGAAGAUGGGUGACGGCGCCUUCAGCAACGUAUACCGCGCCAGAGAUACACACGGCCAGCACGAUCAGGUCGCCAUCAAGGUCGUCCGAAAGUUCGAGAUGAACUCCACACAGCGAGCAAACAUCCUCAAAGAAGUACAGAUUAUGCGACAGCUCGACCAUCCCAAUAUCAUCAAGCUCAUCGACUUCUCCGAGUCGCGUCAAUACUAUUUCAUCAUUCUCGAGCUCUGUCCUGGAGGCGAGCUUUUCCACCAAAUCGUCCGAUUGACAUAUUUCAGCGAAGACCUCUCACGACACGUCAUUACUCAAGUCGCAAAAGCAUUAGAAUAUUUGCACGAGGAGGCUGGUGUGGUGCAUCGUGACAUCAAACCUGAAAACCUCCUGUUCUACCCCAUUCCAUUCAUCCCAACCAAAAACCCAAAGCCGAAGGGUCCUGAAGAUGAAGACAAGGCGGAUGAGGGUGAAUUUAUCGCGGGCACUGGAUCCGGAGGCAUCGGUGUGAUCAAGAUUGCCGACUUUGGCCUAUCAAAGGUCAUCUGGGACAGUCAGACGAUGACGCCUUGCGGUACGGUCGGCUACACUGCGCCUGAAAUCGUCAAAGACGAGCGCUACUCGAAGAGCGUCGACAUGUGGGCCUUGGGCUGUGUCCUGUACACACUCCUCUGCGGUUUCCCGCCUUUCUACGACGAGAGCAUCCAGGUGCUGACGGAGAAGGUGGCCCGAGGUCAAUACACAUUCUUGUCGCCAUGGUGGGAUGACAUCUCGAAGCCGGCGCAAGACUUGGUCUCGCACCUGCUUACUGUCGAUCCCGAGAAACGCUACGACAUCACCCAAUUCUUGAACCACCCAUGGAUCCGCAAUGCCAACGAGCCAACACAUGCUGCCGCUGACGCUCCACCGCUUGCUACUCCUCUCCACGCUGGUGCUUCUCCGCUCAAGCCAGACUUUGCAUAUCUCGACGACACACCAGGUGCCGGUCGUCGCAUGGACUUCCGAUCCCCCGGUGCUGUCAAUCUUCGAGAGGUGUUCGAUGUCAGUUACGCUGUGCACAGACAGGAAGAAGAGGGCAAGCGGAGGAAGAACUUCAAGCAAGGCUUCAGAGGCGGCAAUGCACUCAACGCACUCGACGAAGAGUUUGACGAUGACGAAGAAGACGGCGUUUCGCACCCAUUCGACCCCAACUCGCAAUCAUUACCCGCCAAAGUGCCAAAGUCUGGAGCGCCUGAUGUGGGUGGCGUGGAGAAGCAAAUGAGGAAUACAAGCUUAUCUGCUGCGGCGCAGGCACGUCAGGCCAAUGCGCCGCGCAGUUCGCAAGCCAAGGGAUAUGGCCAACACUCGCCUGAGGUCGCUGCUGCUGCCAAACGACAGGUCCGCAACAAGGCGGGCGCCUUCGAGCUGAGUCUGGACAACGCAACUCUUCUUGGCCGCCGAAAGAAGCCGGAGCCGAGUGGUCUGAGGCAGGAACAGGCUGUCCAAUAAGAAGGCCUUUAAUAUGUUUUAGCUGCAUUUCAGGGUGUACAGGCCACGAGGAACAGACUCGAAGGCCGGAUCAGCAUUGGCGCUGGGUGAGAGAAGAGUCAAAUAAAGAAAGCAUUUUCCAUUUCUCAAGCACG